CAGGAGUCACUAUAUUGUGCAAUAUGGACCGCGUGCACUGAAUGACAACCUGUAGAUUUUUAAACUGGGAGUAUUUUUUUUUGUCUUCCAAACGUCGUUGGAUUUGCAAACAACUUCUGAGGGAAGUCUGCGCUUUGCAUUUUGCGCCUCUGCAUUUGGUUUCGUGUCUCCUUGGAUGUUGCGCCACGCUGCACAGCGUCUGCCAGCUGGCAUGUGAGUGAUAGCGUGCAGUUUACAGUGCACGCAGGCAAUAACACAUUGAUCUUGACUAUUUUCAGUGGCCGGAACCCGAGCUGAUGAGUGCGCCCCACGUUUUCCUCUCCAACUAUUGAACGUCUUCAACAUGCUGUUAAUCGCGUUUGCCAGAUGAUACCUGUUGAUUUUUCAUCGCGCCAUGUCCUUCUGUCGGACUGAAGUGGACAAUGAAGUUAUGGGAUAGCCUGACCACUUGUUUGAUACUGCUGAGCGCCGUGCACGCCAGCCGGCUGCUCCGGAGCCGACCGCAGCCCACGACCACCAAGAGGAGAGGGCGCGCCGCCGAGGGUCCCCUGGAGCUCCCGCCGGUUCCGAUCCGCCUGUCUGUCACUUCCCCGGGCAUCAGCGCUGAGGCGGAUACAGCGGACUGGGAAGAGACGCUGAUCGGAGAAGGAAAAUACACCAUGGAGGAGUCCCCCCCAAACGAGUUUGAAGACGUGGUAGACUUCAUCAAAGUGACCAUCAGUAGAAUACGUCGCUCCUCCUCCUCCACCAUGUCCUCAUCUACCUCCUUCACCACCACCUCCUCCCCCUCUGAAGAAGACUUGAGCAGCAGGACUCGACACAGACGGGAGAGAAAGAAGGGGGCAAGCCAGGACAGUGGAGGAAGAAGAAGAGCAAGAGGAGGGGAGACUAGAAAGAGGGUUCGGGGAGGAAGAGGUAACGGACGAGGACAAGGCUGCGCGCUCAAACAGAUCCACCUCAAUGUGACGGACCUCGGCCUGGGCUACCAAUCCAGCGAGGAAAUGAUAUUCAGGUACUGCUCCGGACCCUGCAGGAAGUCCGAGACCAACUACGAUAAAAUCCUGUACAACCUCUCUCACAACAGGAAGCUUCCUUCCAAAGACACGCCCCCGCAGGCUUGCUGUCGGCCAAUAGCGUUUGACGAUGACCUCUCGUUUCUGGACGACAACCUCGUCUACCACACCGUGAGGAAGCACUCUGCCAGGAAAUGUGGCUGUGUGUAGAGAGCUGGUGUCAGGCUUGGUGUAGUUUAACAUUCACUCCCACUUUGAAGUAUGAUGUUUUUUUUCUUCUUUUUCCCACUAAAGGAAACUUUAUGUGUGACUUUAGUCCAGUAAAGGAGUGAG